AUGUUUCAAAACAUAACAAGUACAAUUGUUGUUUCAAAUACUAUAUACUUUAAAGGUUUGGGAUUUGUCAUUGCUUGCUGCCUAGUAUUCUAUGGAUCAGUCACAGUAUUAGUGAAUGUCCUCUCAGUCAACAAUAGCAGACAGGCAGUACUCACAUCUGCCAAUAAAUCUACAUCUCACGAAGUCAUAUCUUCCGAGUCUAAUGUAAAAUCAUUUGCGCAGCCUACUGUUAUAAAGCAACGGAGAGUUUUCCCGCAGGGAGGUGCAUCGGAAGUAUUCAAUCAGCCCUGGUCACUUCCAUACCGUUAUGCGUACAAAACAAUAGAAGAAUUAGAGAAAUUGAACAAACAUCUUAUUUUCUCUAAUUACACUUAUAGUAAAGGAUUGGGAAAUUUGAUGUUUCAAAUGGCCUCACUGUACAGUAUAGCUACGGGCCAUAAUGCACAAAUAGUCAUACCUCAAAGUAAUCUGCUGCUCAGAGCUUUUACGUUGUCAGAGGAUAUAAUUGUGGUUGAAGAUGACCUAAUGAACGAAGUGCUCACUUCCUCUAAACCAUUCAUGCACUUAAGAAACUGUUGUCAAUAUAAGCCAGUUAGUGGCAUACCUUUCAACCCCAAGAGCCCAAGGAAAGUUUUUCUGGGUUAUUUCCAAAACUCGCGUUACUUCCAUCCAAAGUACUCCAAUGAUCUUCAACAUCUCUUCAUGUUCUUGCCGGAAGUGAAGGAGAAGGCAAGCAAUUUCCUGAGAAAUUGUAUGUUCGAGUAUGCCAUUGAGAUGGGACACGAUACUGAAGGAAAUCCAGAUGACCAACAUAUCUUGGUUGACGACAACCCACUGGAUUCGCAGACAACUGUAAUAGGUGUCCAUGCCCGACACGGCAUUGACAUUAGAUUAAAUUCGAGAAAUACAGCACAUGGCCAUGUGUCUGCUCCUAUCAAUUACUACCAAACGACUAUGCAGCUGUUAAAAAAACAAAAUCCCAGGUCAUUUUUUGUGAUUUGCUCAGAUGAUAUGAAAUGGGCAAGAAAAACAUUCACAAAAAAAGAAUUUGGACCAAUUUAUUUCUGUCCUGGCGAAUGGAGAGAAGUUGACAUGGCUGUAUUAUCAAUGUCUGAUUGGAUUAUUCAAUCGACAGGCACAUUCGGAUGGUGGGCUUCUUAUCUGAGUCAGUACCAGAACCAGAUUGUCUACUAUUCCGACUGGCCGCGUCCUAACUCCCUCAUGGAUAAAAUGAUUAAUAAGACAGAAUAUUUUGUUGAUACAUGGUUAGGAUUACCUGCACAGAUGUCAAAGCUCUCUUCAACAACACCCGACUCGAAUAUCAUUUGA